AAACAAAGAAUGGCCCAAAAACAGAAAUGAGCGUUUUUUAAUUUCCCAGAGUCUCAAAUGGUGGUGCUGCAGCAACCGUAAGCGGUGGGGCAUGCAUGAGGACGGCCAUUCCACCACUCCUGCACAGCCAAUAGCUGCAUACUUGACUCCCUUUUAGGUAGAUUUCACUCAGAAUGGCUGAAAAAUUUAGGAAAUUUAUGGGGCUAUGCUGUUCAAGAAAGCCUGUGGUGACAGGGGAGAUGGGGAAAGAUAAAUACGAGGAAGCCAUUGCUGGGCUGCAGAAGCUUCUCAGCGAGAAAGAACAGCUUGAGGACGUGGCAGCCGCUAAGAUAAGGCAGUUGACGGCUGACUUGGAAGCCACCGCCAAGAAGCCGUUUGACCCGGUGGAGAGGAUCAAAACCGGGUUUGGACACUUCAAGAAAGAGAUCUACGAGAAGAACCCUGGUUUGUUUGGUGAACUUGCCAAAGGUCAAAGUCCCAAGUUCAUGGUCUUUGCAUGUGCCGACUCCAGAGUUUGCCCUUCGGUUAUCCUCAAUUUUCGACCAGGGGAGGCAUUUGUGGUGCGAAACAUUGCUAAUAUGGUCCCUCCAUAUGAUAAGACAAAAUAUUCUGGAGCAGGCGCGGCUGUUGAAUACGCAGUGCUGCAUCUCAAGGUAGAGAACAUUCUGGUUAUAGGACAUAGCUGUUGUGGAGGGAUAAAGGGGCUGAUGUCCAUUCCUGAUGAUGGGACCACUUCCAGUGAUUUUAUCGAGGACUGGGUGAAAAUUUGCUUGCCAGCCAAGGCCAAGAUUAAAUCAACUUGCAGUGGCUUGGAUUUUGCAGAACAAUGCACAAAUUUGGAGAAGGAGGCAGUGAACAUAUCGUUGGGGAACUUGUUGACAUAUCCUUUUGUGAGAGAGGCUGUUGCCAAGAAAACGCUAGCAUUGAGAGGGGGACACUACGACUUCGUUAAGGGCUCUUUUGAGCUUUGGGAUCUUGACUUUAACCUGCUGCCUGCCUUAACAAUAUAAUAAGCUUUGCCGUCUUUCACGUAAAAGAUUGUACUGCCAUAUAGUGUUGUCAUGAACAAUGGGUAGCUUCUGCUCUCGUGACAAGGAUAAAUGUUUCCUUUUUCCUUUUAUCAUUUUCUAUUGAAUCCAAGUUUAC